AUGUCUGACACUGACUCCAACUUAUCAACAGAUAGUGACAUUUACAAUGCGUCUCAUUUUUUCAACCAUUAUGAAUUUGAUUAUGAUCUCAAUAGAGUUGAUAGUUCACCUCUUGAUACAGAUGAUUCUUCAGGAAGUGAAUCUAAUUUAAUAAAUCGUACAGAUUCUUCAUCUAGUAAUAUUGAAACAUUAUUGAACACUGCCUCAGAAGAAUUAGUUUGUUCAGACAAUGACUCAUCUCAUAGUUCAAGAAAUGCAUAUGUAUUUAGAUCAAUUAAACAAAAACAAGUAAAAAAAAUCAAAAUCACUCCCUCAAAACCCAAUUAUUGGUGUCUUCCUAAAGAAUUAUAUAACAGAGAAAUCGGCCAGUAUAACGCCCGUGCUCAGUGGGGUUAUAAGUUCUAUCAAUCAGCGGUUGCUGUACAUAAACUCAAAUUGAGUAAACUCUUAACAGGCCAUAAAGGAUGUGUAAAUUCACUAGACUUUAAUAAAACUGGUAACAUAAUAGCAAGUGGAUCAGAUGAUUUAAACAUAUGUUUAUGGGAUUGGUCAAAUGAUAAAUGUUUACUCAAUUUUAAAAGUAUACAUUCUCUAAAUAUAUAUCAAACUAAAUUUCUCACUACACAUGGAAAUUCCCACAUUGUAUCAAGUGGACGAGAUGGCUUAGUUGCAUUGUCUAUUCUAAGUGAUGCUGAUGUUCUGUAUGGUAAAAUAAUAGGACACCAUGAUAUCUCUUGCAACAACAUUAGUGUACAUCACGAAACACCAUAUGUAGUUCUCAGUUGUGGAGAUGAUGGAAUUGUUAAAAAUAUAGAUAUUCGUGAAUCUUCUAUGAAUGAAAGAAUUACAAAUAUACUACAUAUCAAAAAUGUUCGUGGCUCUACUAUGCGUCUAUAUGGUAUUGACAUUAAUCCUCUGAAGCCAUAUGAGUUUAUUGUAAAUGGUAAUGAUGAAUAUAUAAGAAUGUACGACAAAAGACAACUAACUGUGGAUCCAAUUAAAGUAUUCCAUCACGAAUAUGAGAAUACCAAAACAAAAAAAACUGAUGAUAUUGCUAUUGGUAUUACUAGAACUAAUGAUAGUGCUACUAAUGGUACUGAUAAUAGUCAUCUAAAUGGCACUGAUCAUAGUGAUGUUAAUGUCGCUGACAAUUAUAAUUCUAGUUCUAGUCUAACCAAUGUUGAUUCUGACAAUGAUGAGGAGAAAAAGCAUUUAAGUUCAGUAUCAUAUCCUUACUAUUUAAGAUACAUUACAUCUGCUGUGUACAGUUAUUGUGGAACUGAAAUUUUAGCUUCUUAUAGUGAAGAUGACAUUUACCUAUUUGAUGCUAAUGGUCGAUCAAAUUCCAUACUACACAAUUAUGGUGGUCAUAUAAAUAGAAUGAAUGCCAAAGAAGUCAAUUUCUAUGGACCAAGAAGUGAUUACGUGGUAUCUGGAUCAGACUGUGGAUAUAUGUUUAUAUGGGAUAAAAAAACUGAAGCUAUUGUCCAAAGAAAACAUGCUAGUAAAAUAGGAACUGUUAAUGUAUUGGAAGGACAUCCACAUAUGCCAACCCUGGCAACUAGUGGUUUUGAUAAGACUAUUAAAAUAUGGGAACCUUUAAAUACAUCUCAUCAGCCAAAUUUAAAAAGCCCAGAUUUGUAAAUUGAUGUACCUAUACAGGGUAU